ACUAUAAAAUCUGUUUGCACAGUCACGCGUUUACGGUCUUUCAGGCGGACAGCAGGACAGCCUCUGUUGGACCAAUUGCCGGGCCGAUCUGUUUCCCUGGGCGGCCUCUACACCCUGCUCUCUGCGCCAGGACAGACUGACAUUAUUUGCAGGACAAACAGUUCAGGACACUAGCCUCUGAGCCAUGGGGUCUCCCGCGACCCUAGCCUGCUGCACAGCAUUGGUCUUGGUUUUACUGAGCUCAGCAUCCAAGGAUGGGCAGGACAUGGGGCAACAUGAGGUCACCUUUGACAUUGACGAAAUCAUGCAAGAAAUGAUACAACCAGGACGCAUUGUGCUUCAGAAGCAGUCGGAACUGCCACAUCCCGAUCCCAAGAGAUUUCUCGGACCAAGAGUCUUGACACCUAGAGGAGGUCGACCAAGUUUUAGGCCCCGUUCCCCUGGUGGUAUUCCCUGGAUGGAGUAUCCUGUUGAGUUCCCCCUCGGCCGACCGACUUCCGACAAUAUCCAUGCCAUCUGUAUCAAUGGAGACCAUCGUCCCCGCUACCCAGACUCUUACUUUCCUACCAGUGGUUAUGGGAAGUUGAAGCGAAUGGCCAGUUCUGUCAACAAGUUGGAGAACCUUUUUAGUUCAUGCUGCGGAAGCAACCACACGUGGGGGACAGAGGUGACGCUGUGUUGCGCCUUUAAGGCGUGGGGGUUCGCAAUCCAUUCCUACUGUGAGGAGGAUUCAUCAAUAAAGGAUCUUCAAUCUGAAUGCUGCAAGCAACGAGGCAGCGACAGGCUAAACUGCUUCCAUAACGAAGCUACAAACCCAAACUACACAGCGACACAGGAGCUGCCGGUGCCACAGAUUCCCUCCACUGAAGACUUUGACUUUUCCCCCUUGGAUUGUUCGUGGACAAUAACGAGUAAAUACGUUGUCAGAGGAGCCAGAGGAUAUUCGAUUCAUAUAAAACCUCCUGAAAAAGACUUUAACUUUCCUCCCGGACGACCCUCCGCUGACAACAUUGAAUCACUGUGUCGCGACCAGAAGCUACGGCCCCUAUACAAAGUAAAUUGCCUUCCAAAUUCCGGCUAUGAAUUGAUUGCUCGUCAGGCAAAGACCAUUAAUCGUGUAGAAAAGGGAUUCAAACAGUGCUGCAAAAAGAAGCAGGGUGUGCUCGACUGUGCUGACCAGAAGUGGCGUGAGGAGCUUAACAGGUUUUGCAACAAGAAUGGUAAACAAGUGGAUUUCGAGUGUUGUUUGGAUAACGUGGAAGAUCGCAAAUACACCUGUUUGAAAACCCUUUCUCCUGACCCAUAUUAUAAUCUGACCUCCACUGCUAAAGAGCUCUCCCUUCACAACAUCUGUGACACUCACAAGAUCAUCAAAAAGAAGUUCCCUGUUGGUUUUCCUCUCAAUGGCUUUGUGAAGGAAUGCUGCCCCCUGUCUGAAGAAGAAGAGAAGGCCCUUUGUUUUGUGCAGGAGCUUGACAGCGUUUCAAGGCUAUGUUCUCCAGGAAAGGCAUAUCCUCCAUCUCUUCGUCACUGUUGCAGCAUUGACUCACACGAGCAGCUGGAGUGUAUCUCCAAAAUUCUCGUGAAUGCCAUCACCAAAGCAACCAAAGCCUCCAGUGAAAAGAAGAAGAAAAGGUGCCCUCUCUUCUAAACACUGAUGAUCUUUGGCUGCUGACCCUAUGGCACUGAGCAAUUCAUGGAAACAGCAAGCUAGCAGCAGAAGUGACCUCUGAUUACUAAACAGGAAAUAUUAGAGGUCUGUAGGAGAAUGUGGCCCAAAUUCUAGCUUUAUUUAGUGCCAGCUUUGUUUUUUUUUUAUUAUCUGAGAUUACAUUUAAAAAGAAACAUACAACAGUGUUUGAUUCUUGUUUUUAAAACAAGCUGUUUUCUGUGUCACUGUACCACUAUUUUUUAUAGGGUUACAUUUUACAUAUUUGAUUAUGGAUGCAUUUUAUUGAUUCAUUUGAAACUUCAAGAUCAGUUUUAAUCAUUUUCUAUAGUUUUGUGGUUCAUAUCUACUACAGUUCAUAUAAAACGGUUUUGAAAUGUA